CGGUCCUCUGUCAUUGGUGGCGCUUCCCCUAACGUGUCACAUCAACACUGAAACCCUGACGAGUUUCGUAAAAACCGUUCAUCUUAAUGUUUAAACUCAACGAAAAAGGGACAACCUGCCAGAGUUCUUUGUUUGAACAAGCGGAAAAACCAUGGAGAAUAUUCAAAAUCUCCCAAUCGACAUACAGACCAGCAAGUUGUUAGACUGGCUGCUGGAUCGACGCCACUGUAACAUAAAGUGGCAGAGUACAGUGAAAACAGUCCGAGAGAAGAUCAACGCCGCCAUUCAGGACAUGCCCGAAAACGAGGAGAUCAAGCAGCUUCUCUCUGGAUCUUACAUCCACUACUUUCACUGUUUGAGAAUAGUGGAGAUACUGAAGGGAACCGAGGCUUCGUCAAAGAACAUCUUUGGCAGAUAUUCUUCGCAGAGGAUGAAGGACUGGCAGGAGAUUGUGUCGCUUUAUGAAGCAGACAAUGUUUAUUUAGCGGAGGUCGCCAGCUUGCUGAUUCGAAACGUGAGCUACGAAGGGCCAGCUCUGAGGAAGCAGAUCGCCAAAGCUCAGCAGCUGCAGCAGGAGCUCAGCAGGCGGGAGGUGGAGUGCCAGAGCUCAGCGGCCGAGCUGAGGGAACGCUACUAUGCUGCCUGCAAACAGUACGGCAUUACUGGGGAUAAUGUUCAGCGAGAGCUUCAGGCUUUGGUGAAGGACUUACCUGCGGUCCUGGAGGAGGUGGGGAGGGAUGCGGCCAAGUUAGAGGAGCAAAUCCAGCUUUAUGCUGCAUUUACAAACUUUGUGUGUGAUUGGUCAGACCCGGUGCUGCCCAUGCUGACGUUCAGCCAGAAGACGGGGAACGUAACCUUUUACGAGUGGAGGACGGGGAAAGUCCCCAGCCUGGUUGAAAGGCCGGCCGUUGAGGAAGCCCCCCCUGAUGCGGCGACGGAGGACACGAUUGACUGGGGGGACUUUGGUCAGAAACCGUCAGAUGAUCUGGGUGUGACCGCCGGCAUCACGGUGGAGGACGGAAUCGACUGGGGCGUCUCUCUGGAGCCGACGGCUGAGGACACUGGUGCAGGCGGCAUCGACUGGGGCGACAGUGAACCAGCUCCGAUUGAAAUAGAAAUCGUCGAUACCGGCACAGACUGUCCCGAGGGCGUGGCCAGGGGCGACGACGCUCUGAGUAUACUGGAAAACUCCCAGUCACGCGGUCAGUUCAUCGAUGAGCUCAUGGAGCUCGAGGCGUUUCUCACCCAACGGGUCACUGAGAUGGGGGAGGAGAGCGAUGUGGUGGCCAUGAGUCAGUUUCAGCUGGCUCCUCCUGUCAUCCAGAACCAAACCCGCGCACACAUCCGAGAGAUGCUCUCUCAGGUGCAGGACCUUCUGGGCCGUCUCACUUCCCUCCGCAUGCAGCACCUGUUCAUGAUCCAGGCGUCGCCGAGGUACGUUGAGCGUGUGUCAGAAAUGCUGAGGCAGAAGCUGAAGCAGGCGGAUAUCCUGGUGCUGAAAGCUUCCACGAUGGCUGAGAGAAGGCAAGAAGCCCUCCAAGAGCAGUCCAGACUGGAGCCUCGCGUUGACCUGCUGGCAGGAAGCACCCGGGAACUCCAGAAACUGAUUGAAGCCGACAUUUCAAAGCGAUACCACAACAGACCAGUCAACCUGAUGGGGGUGAAUAUUUAGUGAACUCAUGUGAUGUAUUAUGUCAUCAUCGAUAAA